AUGAAGGUUUCAAUUACGGCUAUAUUAGUAUCGUUUGUAAUACUUUUCACUUUAAGUAAGGCGGAGACGAAAUUCGAUCUUUAUGCAGCUGAAGAACCUGUAAAUGAUGAAAUUAAUACAGUAUCUGGUCAGUAUAGUCAAUUAUCUAAUGACUCGUUAUUAUGGGGCCCAUAUAGAUCAUCUUUAUAUUUUGGAAUUAGACCAAGAAUACCAAGGUCUUUAUUAUCAGGGUUGAUGUGGUUCAAUGUAGAUAGCUACGAUGCAAUUGGUAAUCUCAGACAUGUGUAUGAACAAGGAGAUAAUAUGAAGAAAGCAAACUGGGUAUCUUAUGAUCCAAGAACUGGAGGUAGGCUCGUUGUAUCAGAUCAGGAUUGCCAUAUUGACGUGAUAAUCGAUUUUGUUAAAAGUGAAGAUGGGAAGUCUUGGGGAACAAAAAUUAAAGGUAUUCCUCAUGCGGGCUAUGAGAAAGUGAAAACUUCUUUUGUAUGGUACUCGGGAUUGGAGGGUGAAGGUGAAGGGAAAGAUGAGUAUGGAAAUAAAGUCCCAGAAAGAAACGGAUACUUAAAUUUGGACAAUAAGAAGAAUGUUGUAGGAUAUGACGAAAAUGUUAAAUUGAGUGGUAUUUCUGAAGAACUAGGGUUCUUUGAAUUAGAAAUAAGCAAGGGGCCAAAAUCCAACAAGCACCCUACUGAUGCAAAAUUACUUGAUCCUGAAUUAGAUACAUCUAAAUCACAUCAUUACAGUCUAACUGUUCCUGAUGAUCAUGUUUGGAAAGCUCGUGAUAUAUUCAUGACUAUGUUGAUGGAAUCAGUUAAAGAGCUUACUGAAAAAUAUGGAGAUAUACAAGACUUCCCUCCAGAACAAGCAUUUAUAAUCAGAGAUUUACAAAAUUUUGAAGGUAACUUACAUUUUGUGCAAAAUGUUUUCGAAGGUAAAUGUGAAUUUGAUAUUAUAUUCACUAAUGCUCUUACUCCAGAACAUGAUAGAAUAACUUUCGAUAAUAUAAAAACGAAGGCAGAUAAAGCUAUAAAAGCCUUCGAUAAAAAGUUUAGACAAUCUUUCCUGUUGAAAGCUCCUUACAACAAAGAUAAAACGCAUGAUGUGUUCGCAAAAGAAAUAUUGUCAGGCUUAUUAGGGGGUCUCUCGUAUUUCUAUGGUGACCACUUAGUUGAUAGAAAUACAGUAUUUGAUGAGGACUCGUUUGAGUCAUACCAAUUGCAGGGAUCAUCUGAAGGACCCCAUGAAUUAUUCACAUUGGUCCCCUCUCGUCCUUUUUUUCCAAGAGGCUUUUAUUGGGAUGAAGGUUUUCAUUUAUUGCCAUUAUUGAGGUAUGAUUCAGACUUAGCCUUAGAAGUUGUUCAAUCGUGGUUUAAUUUGAUUGAUGAUGAUGGUUGGAUUGCCCGUGAACAGAUAUUGGGCCCUGAGCUGAGAUCCAAGGUACCUGAACAGUUUCAAGUACAAAGCCCUGAAAUUGUCAACCCACCAACAUUAAUGCUUAUAUUCAGCGAAUUACUAGAAAGUAUUCAGAACCCUAGCACUUACGGAAAUAUCAAUGAACCACAGCAAGUAUUAGACUACGGUGAUGGGAAAUCCUUUGACAAGAAAGAUCUUGGACUGAUUAUCAUUAAGAAUCCUGAAGUUAUGACAGAUUAUGCUCAAAAAAUUUACCCUAAAUUAAAGACUCAUUUUGACUGGUUCCGUAGAACCCAACAAGGAUAUAUCGAAGAAUUUGACAGAGGUACGAAUAAGGAAGGCUAUAGAUGGAGAGGACGUACAUUGACGCAUUGUCUCGCUAGUGGAUUAGACGACUAUCCAAGAGUUAUCCCGGCUGAUAUUGCUGAAUUGAACGUUGAUUUGCUUUCCUGGGUGGGUGUUAUGACGAGAUCAAUGAAGUCCAUUGCUAGGUUCUUGAAUUAUGAGGAAGAUUUUGAGAAGUAUCAGAAAAUUGAGAAAGACAUCGUUGAAAACUUGGAUAACUUACACUGGUCUGAUUCUGAAAAGACGUAUUGCGAUUUAUCAGUGGAUGAUAAUGAUGAAAAUAAGCAUAUUUGCCAUAAGGGAUAUAUAUCGUUAUUCCCAUUCUUAACAAAAUUGACUCCAGUUGAUGAUGUUGCAAAAAUUGAACAAUUCGUUGACCUUAUUUCGGAUCCUGAAGAAUUGUGGUCUGAUUAUGGUAUUAGAUCAUUAUCAAAGUCAAAUGAAUUCUACGGAACGGAAGAAAACUACUGGAGGUCUCCAAUAUGGAUUCACAUAAACAGUUUAAUCUUAGAAAGUUUGCAGCACUACAGUAGAAAUUCUACUCCUCUUAUGUCUAAGGAUUUGAAACAGAAAAUAAGUGAAACGUACAAGAAUUUGAGAACAAAUGUAGUUAACAACAUUAUAAAACAAUGGAAGAGGACUGGUUUUGUAUGGGAACAAUAUGAUGACAAAACCGGAAAGGCAAAGGGCGCAAAGAAUUUCCUUGGUUGGACUUCUACUGUUCUCAUAAUCAUGAACAUGGAUGAAACAAUCUAA